AUGGAAGAAAAUACACACAUAAAUAAUAAUAAUAUAAAUACAAAUAACACAUCUCCUACCUCACCCAAUAAUAACAAUAAUAAUCUUAAUAGUAGUAGUAGCAAUCUAAAUUUUAUUUUUAAUAGUAUAAAUAACAAUAGUAAUAAUGGUUUAAGUACACCACAACAAUCGCCAAUUCGUACAUCGCAAAAUGCAACUUCACCAUUACAAAAACAAUCACCUUUACGAAAUUCAUCACAAAAUAUUCAAUAUCAAAAUAAUAAUAAUAAUAAUAAUAAUAACAAUAACAAUAAUAAUAACAAUAAUAAUAGUAGUUUAAAUAAUUUUUAUAUGCAAGAUAAUUCAAAAUUUUAUAAAGAGGUUGAUGAUAAAAUUAUAAAUAAAGAAAUCAAUUUUUUAGUUUACUAUUGGUUAAGCAGUCAGGGUAUCGAGGGGGAUUUAUUAUCAUCAUUAUUUAAUAAUUUAAAUGACAACAGUUUGUUACCUAAAAAAACAAACUGGUUAGGACAGGAUGAGAAUUUUACAUUUAACGAAAUUAAAAAUAAAUAUAGUUAUAUUAAAGCAGAUCACAUAAAAUCAAUAUUUCAAAGCUACAGAGAUUUAGCAACCCAAAAAGGACAUUUUUCAAAUUUACCAAUUCAAGCUAAUACCUUAUUAGGUGAUAAUUUAUAUUCAAUGAUACCGCCUUCAAAUGAAAUAACCUCAAAAUUACAAACUUUAAAAGCUCCAGAUUUAUCAAAUAAUAGCAAUAAUAACAAUAAUAAUAAUAAUAAUAAUAAUGAUAGUGUAAUAAAUAAUGUAAAUAAUAAUAAAAAAACAAUAAAAGUUGUACGUUUAUAUAAACCAUUGGUUCAACCUCCACCACCACAAGAAAACAUUGAUAAUAUUAUAGCGAAUAAUACCUCACCAACAAAUUUAAAUUCAUUAACUUUACCAACAACCCCAAUAAUUCAGUCACCAACCCAACAACAAACCACGACAACUACAACCACCACAACCACAACCACCACAACCACCACUACAACCUCACCAACUAACGUUGCAAAUAAUAUUAUCAAUAACCCAAGUGGUAAUAAUACAAACCAAUCACCAGAUUUAAUUACAACUGUUGAAAUUACCCAACCACAACCACUAUCACAGUCUAAUAAAGAAAACAUUAAUAAUUUCAAAAAUAUAAUAUCAAUACAAAAGAAUAGAUAUAAAGUACCAACAUCAUUACAAUAUAUUGAAAACCCAUACGAUAAUAACAUACCAAUUUCAUUACGAUUAACUGGUCAAGAGUUAAUAGAUAAAUCAAUUAAAUCAACAAAACAAUUGCCAAUUACUUUUUAUGAAAAUUUUAAUAAUAGUUUAAUCGUAUUUGGUCAUAAAGCUCCAACUUAUUGUUUAAAAUUUGAUAAAUCAGGUAGAUUAUAUUUUACAGGUUCAGAUGAUCAUUUGGUUAAAGUUUGGUCCACUCAAAAUGGUAGAUUAAUUGCGACAUUAAGAGGUCAUAUAGGUGAUAUUACAGAUAUGUGCACAAGUUUCGAUAAUAGUUAUUUAGCAACGGUUUCCAAUGAUAAUGUUAUCAAAAUUUGGAGUUUAGACUCUAAUGACUACGAACCUAUAACGUCACUAUUGGGUCAUGAUCCAUCUAAUAACAAUACUAUUACAAGCAUUCAAUUUUCAUCAAAUCCAACCCAACAUUUAUUGGUUAGUAGUGAUUCUUUUGGUCAAUGUAAAUUAUGGAAUAUCGAUAAAAAUAACCAUGCCGUCUCUUUACCAUUAAAUGAUACAACUAGAGGUUCAAAUACUAUAAAUACAACAAGAAAUAUUAAUAAUACAGCUUCACCAACAGGUUCAAAUAAUGAUUUAAUGAUUGAUGAUGAUGAUGCUGAAGUACCAUCCACCAAUAACAAUGGUAAUAAUAUUCCAAAUAUCCAAACAAAGAGCAAUGAAAUCACAGGUACAACAUUAAACAAAGGGGGCACAUUAAUUGUUGCAAGUGUUGAUUGCUCACUAAAGAUUUGGUCAACUUUAUUUAAUCCACCAAAGUUAGUUAAUACCUUGGAAGGCCAUCCAACUACAAUUUUAGCGCUUCAAUACAGUAAUAAGAGUGAUGCAAUAGUUUCAGGCAGUUAUGAUGGUACAGUAAUUAUUUGGAGACAUGCAGGUGGUUCGAAAUGGGAUCAUGUAAUGUUCAAUAUCAAAAAUGUCACACGUCCAAAUCAACCUACAACCCAAAAGAAGGUAUCAAGAUCAAAAGCUACAUUUAAAAAUGUUAUUUGGUCUUCAGACGACAAGUAUAUUAUUACAACCGAUUAUAAUACAAUUCGUGUAUGGAAUUCAAUCGAUGGUAGUUUUCAUUUAGAAAUGACAGAGCAUACUUCAGAGGUAUACGUUACUUCAUGUCACCCACUUGACCCACGUUUAAUAAUGAGUUCAGGUUACGAUUCUCAAGUUAUUCUUUGGUCAAUCGAAACUGGUGAAAUCAUUAAAAAGUUUAUUUUAGAAGAGCCAGGAUAUCCAAGUCAAAUUUUAGAUGGAUCUUUUUCUCCAGAUGGUCAAAAAUUCAUUGUCACCAACUCAUUAGGCAAAUGGUUUAUGUUUGAAUUGGGAAUUGGAUCUGAUCUCGAAAGUCUUAAGAAAUUAGUUCCAAAUGAACAAUAUUUAUUAACAGAUUAUCAUCCUCUAAUCAGAGAUGCCAAUGGAAAUGUAUUGGAUGAGCUUACUCAAACUCCACCUCAUUUAAUGCCAAGAUCAAUGUUGGUAAACUAUCAAGGUUUACCAUAUCCAGAUCACUUUAACUUUACCAACCUAAAUGCAAUCUAUAAUUUAGAACCAUACAAGAACUCUGCAGACUAUCAAUAUGACUUAAAAGUUCAAAAAGAAUUUGAAUCACGUGAGAUGUAUACAUUCAAUCAAGGUAAUCCAUCGAAUGUGCCAUCUCAUCCUAUUGUUAUCUAUGUUCCACCUGAACCAAAACCACCUCCAAAGAAACCAGCUUCAAAACCACGUGCUACAAGAAGACCAUGGGAAUAUACCGAAGAAGAGAUUGUUGAAGAUGACAUUAUGUUUCUUAGUGAUCCAUCCGAUAAAGAUUUCAGCCCAGAUGAAUCAUCUAGUUCAUCAUCUUCAGAACAAAAUGUCACAGAUUCAGACUAUGACGACGAGGAAGAGGAUGAAUCUGUCAUUACAACUAGACGUAAUUCAAAGAUGAAAUUUGAAAAGAGAAAGAAAAAACUAUUAAGACAAACUAGAAAAUUCACAAGACGUAACACAAGCCCAUCAAGAAUUGAUGAAAUGAUGAAUACUUUUGAUUUACCAUCAGAUGAGGAUUUACAGGAAGCUAGCGGUUCAAAUAUCUCAAAUAAACGUUUAACCCUAAAACAACAAAGAAGAUAUUAUGGUGACUCUUACAACCAAGAUGAUUCUGAAAUGGGUGAUGGCGAUGAAAAUGAAGAUGAUGAUGAUGAUGACAAUGAAAAUGGCUAUAGUUCAAACGAAUCAAAUGAUAGCUCUCGUUCAGGUAUUUCUGGAUCUGACUAUUCUGACUCUAAUAGAAAGAGAAGGAAUAAAAAGGGUAGAUCUACAUCAUCGCUAUCUGCACCAUCAAGUAAAAGAGUUGAAAGAAGAGGUAGAAAGAAAAACGACAAAUCUAAGACUAAAUCAAGAGGCAGGCCAAAAUCAACCACCACCACCACAACAACAUCGACCAAUAUUACUCCCUCUAAAAAGAAAAAAGAUCCAUUAUGUCCAAAAUGGCUAUCGAUCACUCAAUUAUCACCAUAUGAAACAUCUUAUACACCACAAGUUGGAGAUUUCGUUUUCUAUUUUUAUCAAGGUCAUCAAAAGUAUUUAGAGAAAUUCCCUCAAAAUGAAAUAGAAAGAAAAUUAAAUGAAAAAUCUAUUUUCAAUUUUAUUUCAGAACCAUCAGAUAAUAAUUACAGCCAAGAUGAAUCAGAAGAACCCGAAAUUAGUAUUUGUUAUCAAGAGUGUAUUAUUAAGAAUUUAAAAUACUUUAUUUCAAGUGAUGGUGUCCAUAAAGUUGUUGUUACAUUAUUACCAGUUUUAGAUCAACAGGUUCCUCCACAGGAUUUAGAUGAUGAAUCACAACUAUAUACCACAAUUUAUCAUGUAUCUGAUAUACCAGACUACCUAGUAUUGGCUUCAAAAGUAAGAAAAUCUUUACUAUUAAAUUGGCACAUCGAUAAACGUUUCAAAAUGUAUUAUCCAGAUUCAAAUGGUUGGUAUAAUGGUACCAUUAUUGAAAUAUCCGAAUCUGAUCCUCACUUUCCAGAUAGUCCUUGGGAAAGAUUAAAAGUUAAAUGGGACGGUACCGAAGAAGAAGAUAGAGUUAGUUACUGGGAAAUCGAAGAGCACUUUGAAAAAAAGAAUAGAAAAUUAAAAGAGCAACCAGAAGAAGAAAGUGAAAAAGAAGUUGAACAAAAAGAGGAGAAUAUAGAACAAAAAGAAAAUAAUAAUAAUAAUAAUAAUAAUAAUAAUAAUAAUAAUAAUAAUAAUAAUAAUAAUAAUAAUAAUAAUCAAGAUUUAAAUAAUAACCCCGUUGGAAAUAACAAUAUUAAUAAUACCAACAAUAUGAAUAAUAAUUUAAAUUUCAAUAAUGGAGGUAUUGUAGAUUUCAAUAUGAAUAAUUAUUUAGGAAACAAUGUUUACAAUGCACCAUAUAAUAUGUAUAAUAAUAUGAAUAACAUGUUAAUGUAUAAUAACAAUAGUAAUAAUAAUUUAGAUUAUAUGAAUGCAUUAUAUACUCAAUAUCCAAACUUGUAUUACAACCCAAAUCAAAUGGGUUUCAAUUUUAAUAACAACUUUAAUCCAAAUGACUUUAAUAAUUUUAAUCAAACUAAUGGUUUCAAUAGCUUUAAUAACAAUAUAAAUAUUAAUAAUAACAAUUUUAGUAAUAAUAAUGAUAUUAAUAAUAACAAUAAUAAUAAUAAUAAUAAUAAUAAUAAUAAUAAUAAUAAUAAUAAUAAUAAUUAUGAUUACAAUAAUAGUUUAACUUCUCCUACAACAACUACAACGACAACAACGACAACAACAACAAGCACAACCUCAACAAUUAAUAACUUUAAAGAUAAAAUUUUAAAAAUCACAAUCCCAGAUAACGAAGUAAUCGAAGAACAAUCCAAAGAUAAUUUAUUAAAAGCAUUAAAUCAAUAUGUUGAAGAAGAUGAAAUUACCGAUAUAUAUAGUGAACCAGUUGACUUGGAAUUGUAUCCAUUAUAUAUUAGAUUUGUGCCACAUCCAAUGGAUAUUGGAACCAUUAUCAAGAGAUUAGAAUCAAACUAUUAUAGACAUCUAGAUGCCAUUUAUUUUGAUUCUAAACUUAUUAUGAUUGAUGCAUAUAUUUAUAAUAAACCAAAUACAAUGGUUGCUAAGAACUCCAAAGUAGUUUUCCAUAAGAUUUCAAAUAUUCUCAAAGAAGAAGCAAACUUUAUUCCAUCCGAAAUUCUAUUACAAAGUGGCGGUAGUUUUGAUUCAUUUACAUUAAAAUCAGCCGAGGCAGAUCUAGAUGAAGGUAGCCAAGUGGCAUCCGAUGAUGAUGAAAGUAAUACAAACAAUGGCGAAAGUUCCAGAUCUCUUUUUUCAAACUCAGAAGAAGAAAAUCCCAAUAAAAAGAAAAGGAAAUUAACAAAUACAAACUCACCUACAUCCACUUCUAAAAGACUUCGUGCCACUGCCGAUAAUGAUAUUAGCGCUACAUCAAACAAUAAUAGUGAUGAUGAUUCAUUUGCUAGCGAAACCCAAGAAAAUAAAAGUAUUCUCAGCGAUUCAGAUACAGAUUAUGUCGAUAAUAAAAAGAAACAAUCAUUAGAUGAUGAUGAUGAUGAUGAUGAUGAUGAUAACCAAACUGGUAGAAAGAGAAAAUUAAAUCAAAACAAUACAUCUGUAUCUAAAAGACAAAGAACAAACUUUUUAUUGCUUGGGGACGAAGAAGAGCAACAACCGAUCGAAGAACAACAAAAGCCAAAAGAAAAACCAACUCCAAAGAAAAGAGGUAUGAAAAAGAAAAAGAAAGAUGAUGACUAUACCAGCGAAGAAGAUGAUGAUGAAGAAGACGAUAAAGAAAGUGAUGAUGACUAUAUUAGCGAAGAUGAAGAGCCAGAAAAGAAAGUAAACAAAUCAAAAAAACAUGUAAAUAGUGAAAGUGAUUAUAGUGAUGAAGAAUAUGAAAGUGAAUAUAGUGAUGAUGAAGAAGACGACGACGACGAUGAAGAGAACGAAGAGGGAAUAGAUGACGAAGAAUUUUUAAAUUUAAUAGAAAAACCAACUCCUAAAAAAGGUAGAAGAGGUAGACCACCAAAGAAUAGAAAAUCAAAAACAUCAAAACUAUCAUCAAAUACAAAUGGUACACCAAACAAAAGAGGUCGUGGUAGACCCCCCUCAAAAAAAUAA